AUGUCUGAUUCAUCACCGCCUCCUCCCCGUUCAACGCGGCGGACCAGGAUCGUUUGUGUCAGCGACACCCACAACUCCACAGUCAAGCUGCCAAAGGGCGAUGUCUUAAUCCACUCAGGGGACCUAACAAACCAGGGCAGCUACUCCGAGCUUUCCAAGGCCGUGCAAUGGCUUGAAAAGGCCGACUUUGACGCCAAGAUUGUGAUCGCAGGGAACCACGAUAUCACUCUGGAUCCUAACUUUUACGCCAAACAUGGCUCAAGCUUCCACAACAAGAACCCUCAGGACCCAGCCAAAUGUCUGUCACUGCUUACGGCAAGCCCUACCAUUACCUACCUCCAGCACAGGAGCGCCACCAUCCGGCUGAGCCGUCCCGACGGGCCAGGCACCGAGUUCACCGUCUUUGGCUCUCCGUACAGUCCCGAGUACGGCACAUGGGCGUUCAUGUAUCCCCGUCCAGACCAAGGCAGCGCAGCCGUGGGAAGUCCCAACGCGGCAGAGCUCUGGGCGGCCAUACCGCCCGACACCGACAUCCUGGUCACCCACACGCCCGCCUACUCGCAUUGUGACGAUUCCCUGGGCUGCAGAGACCUGCGCGCAGCGCUUGCAAUGGUACGUCCUCGACUGCACGUGUGUGGCCAUGUCCACCAAGCCAGAGGCGCUGAGCGCGUGCGGUGGGACACCGGUGGUGGUCUCGGCGCUGGGGACGGCGUCUCUGCCGAGGCGUCUGUGGAGCGGUGGGAAGAUCCGAGCUCGGAUCCCGCCUCGGCGAAGAUAAGUUUGGUCGACCUGACGGCGCGCGGUGGAAAGCGGGCGCUCGACUUCCGAGACCCGGCGCCACCUCGUGCGCAGCGCGUGAGUACGGGGCUGCCGAACCCCGUGGACCGCAGCGGCCGACGAGAGACGUGCGUCAUCAACUGCGCCAUUGUUGCUACCUCGUGGCCUCACGUUGGAGGAAGGAGAUUCCACAAGCCGAUCGUGGUCGAUCUCGACUUGCCUGUGUGGAGGUGA